UGUCUCAAAGCGAAGGCGGAAAUACAGAGGAGCUUAUCCUCUCGCUUCAGGGCGACACUUCCGGGUCUGGCCCCUGUUCGAGGUGAAUCUGACAGCCACCGUCUUCCAGGACCAAAGACCGUUGAGGGUUGCAGUCAUGUCGGCAGCUGCUCCGGGGACCAGCAAGGCGGCCCAUAGCGAUGUGGCUGCGAAGAAAAAGAAGGGACCCGGUGCCCUGGCCACGGCCUACUUGGUCAUUUACAACGUUGUUAUGACAGCGGGGUGGCUGGUGAUAGCUGUGGGUCUGGUCAGAGCUUACCUGGCCAGAGGUAGCUACCAUGGGCUGUACUACUCCAUAGAGAAGCCUCUGAAGUUCUUUCAGACUGGAGCUCUUCUGGAGAUACUGCACUGUGCUGUAGGAAUCGUACCGUCCUCUGUGGUCCUGACUGGAUUCCAGGUCAUGUCCCGGGUCUUCCUCACCUGGGCCGUCACACACAGCGUCCGGGAGGUGCAGAGUGAGGACAGCGUGCUGCUGUUUGUCACAGCCUGGACUGUCACAGAGAUUAUCCGCUACUCUUUCUACACCUUCAGCCUACUCAAUCACCUGCCGUACCUCAUCAAAUGGGCAAGGUACACUUUUUUCUUUGUGCUGUAUCCCAUGGGAGUGACUGGGGAACUGCUGACUAUCUAUGCAGCACUGCCAUACGUGCAGAAGACAGGCCUGUACUCUGUCACUCUCCCCAACAAGUACAACUUCUCUUUCGACUACUACACUUUCCUCAUCCUCAUCAUGAUCUCCUACAUUCCCCUCUUCCCCCAGCUUUACUUCCACAUGAUACGACAGAGGAAGAAGGUGCUGGGCCACGUAGAAGACUACAGCAAAGUGGAGUGAGCCAAGCAGCAUUCAGACCGAUCUGAUGAAGGGAAAAGAAACAAAACCAAUGUCUGCUUAAAGAAACGUGAGCCAGUUUUCAAACUGCUAGAGCUGACCUGGCAGAAGAUCCAAUUAUCAAGCAACUUUAUAUAUUUUUUUCCAGCUGUUGUCCGGGUUCUAUAGAUGCUCACAAAUCACGAACAAACUACUGUUUUAUUUUUGUUGUCGUUUUUUUUUUUUGAUGAACAAACUGCAGUUACUUUUGUUUAGUCAGGGAGCCUGCAACUGUAAAGAAACUGUAUCUUGAUUCGGAUACAGUUGAGCUGCUGUCUGAGCACUAAGCAGAACUCGGUCACAGCAAAGCAUUGGACUGAAAGAAUGGAUAACCUCCGUUUUAAAUGUCAAUAUAAAAAAUCCCCAAUAGAUUUUUCACCUCCCCAUGGCUCAUCUUUUGGUCUCUUUUAAAGAAGCAGUUGUGCUUUACUCUAGCUAUGUAGAAAGAAUACUGAAGACUAGUACUGAAACUAGGUUGUAGGUUUUGCAUCCACAGUGUGUGUGUUGGUGCAAACUGUAGUCCUGAUUUGUAAUUUUGUUUUGUCUUUCAUUCAUUUCAGUCAAAAGUUUAAUUACAUUCCUAAGUUAGUUCAAUAAACCUUUUUCAUUCUGUGCUUGCAUGGUUUUCGAUCUAUUUUUCUCGUGUGUUAGCUGCUGUUUGUUUGGAUGUAGUUUUGACUUCUCUUUUAGUUGCAUUCUUAGUGGUUUGACAUUGAUCAUGUUGACUUAAUGAAGCUCAGGUUUCCCAGUGAUGACUGUGAGUUGUGUCUUUUGAUGUCCUCAUUGUUUGAUGUUUAGGUGGAUUAUACAUUAAUAACUUGAAGUAGCCAGUAUUUUUCCCAUCACACAUCCAUCCAAGUGAGCAAACAUCCCUCCUCUCCUUAUGUGAUUGCAUUUUCUUUUUUUUAACUAUUGAAAGUAACUAAUUUCAGCAUUUAUAGCUCCAAUAAAGUGAUACUUUAUAAACCUUUUAAAUUGGAACACACACUUUUAUUAAUGCUUUAUUAAGCUCUCAGUCUUCAGUUUUCAUCUCUUCUCUUAUUAAUUAAAGAGGUCAGUGGGUCUUAUAAAUGUUAGACUUUUAUUACAAGACAUAAGUUAUGGGACACUUAAAAAAGAACAGCACAGCAUAGAGUAGCAGCAGUGUUUUCUGAUGAAAUUAGCUUUGCUAUGUAACAAACAAAACCGCAUUGUAGCCUAAAUAUAUGUUAGAUGGGUGUAUAGACUUUUAUUUUGAAAUACAGAGUGAUGGCGCUAUACUUUGGUACAUAAAACUGGUGGUCCUUAAAUUAAGUAGAGCUAUGUCAGCUAAACUACUAAUCCUAAGUGACAUGUCCCUGUCAAUGGGGGAUUAAUGCUUUAGAAGGAAGUGAACAGACUGUACUGAAUUCAAUUGGUGAGCUCAUAGUCAUGCCUUUACAAUGAGGUGAUCAUAAUAACGUACAGUACAGAGAGAGAACUGUGAAUCAGAUUUCCAUUUUCCAGAGUUCCAUUUUUUUAUGUUUUGUUUGUAAUGGUCAGAUUUGAUGCAAAAUACAUAAUGUUCACUCAUU